CCCUACAAGGGAGCGCUGCACUUAGUCACCGGCCAGCUGAGCAGCAGCUGGCCGUUGACUCUAAGCGCACUCCUUGCAGGGCAAGGGCAGGUGAGAGGAGAUUUGACAUGCUUCCCCUUCACCCCCCACCCUUAGGGCCUGAUUGGCCAGGGGGCCUGGGAGCAGUAGGACCUCCAUGGGCUGGAUCAACCCACAUGGUUGGCCGAAUCCGGCCUGCAGAGGCCCUUUUGCCCACCUCUAUCUUAGUCAAUGGUCCACACAGCCUCCCAGUGUAACAUACUCUUCUCAGUUUUCUUGUUAAACACAUAACAAAUCGGUCCAUUAAAAAGCAGAAAUUGCUGAACAGGGCCUGUUCCUGAAGGCAUAUGUUGGAAAUAUGCUGUUUCAAAGUAACAAAACAGGAUUUCUGCCUUACCGUUUGAAACUAUUAGAUAUUUGUGAUAUUGGUGGUGUUGCUGCCUAUUUUUCCAUUAGUGACCUGACUACGUGGGUAAUAACCAUAGCAGUGACAAUGAGACCAUUGUGUGUGUUCCUUGCUGUUUUGUUCAUCCCAUGGGGCUUUUCUUUAGCUAAGUUUGAUGAAUUUGAGGAUGGGGAUGAUAUUGUGGAGUAUGAUGAUAAUGACUUUGCUGAGUUUGAAGAUGUUACUGAAGAUGUAACCACAGAAUCUCCACAGAGGAUCAUAACCACAGAAGAUGAUGAGGAGGAGGCCACUGUCGAACUUGAAGGUCAAGAUGAAAAUCAGGAGGACUUUGAUGAUGCAGAUGCGCAGGAAGGAGAUGCCGAGAAUGAGCCAUAUGAUGAUGAAGAAUUUGAAGGCUAUGAAGAAAAAACAGAUGUAUCUCCCAGCAAAAGCAAAGACCCCAUAACCAUUGUUGAUGUCCCUGCGCAUCUUCAAAACAGUUGGGAGAGUUAUUACAUGGAGAUCUUGAUGGUAACUGGCCUUCUUGCAUACAUCAUGAACUACAUCAUUGGGAAGAAUAAAAACAACCGGCUAGCUCAAGCCUGGUUCAACACUCACAGGGAGUUGCUGGAAAGUAACUUUGCCCUUGUUGGGGAUGAUGGCACAAAUAAAGAAGCCACAAGCACAGGGAAGCUCAACCAAGAAAAUGAACACAUAUACAACUUAUGGUGCUCUGGCAGGGUGUGCUGUGAGGGAAUGCUUAUCCAGCUAAAGUUUCUCAAGAGGCAAGACCUUCUGAAUGUACUUGCUCGAAUGAUGAGGCCAGCCUGUGACCAAGUGCAAAUAAAAGUAACAAUGAAUGAUGAAGACAUGGACACUUACGUGUUUGCUGUUGGAACAAGAAAAGCCUUAGUGCGACUUCAGAAGGAAAUGCAGGACCUGAGUGAGUUCUGCAGUGACAAACCGAAGUCUGGGGCAAAGUAUAGUCUUCCGGAGUCACUGGCUAUCCUGUCAGAGAUGGGAGAGGUCACAGAGGGAAUGAUGGACACAAAGAUGGUACAUUUCCUCACGCACUAUGCUGAUAAGAUUGAGUCCGUCCAUUUUUCAGACCAGUUCUCCGGUCCAAAACUUAUGCAAGAGGAGGGUCAGCCUUUAAAACUGCCUGACACUAAAAGGACACUAUUGUUUACAUUUAACGUGCCUGGUUCAGGCAAUACUUCCCCAAAAGAUAUGGAAGCUCUGUUGCCUUUGAUGAACAUGGUCAUUUAUUCUAUUGACAAAGCGAAAAAGUUCCGUCUAAAUAGAGAAGGUAAACAAAAAGCUGAUAAGAACAGGGCACGAGUAGAAGAGAACUUCCUUAAAUUGACUCAUGUGCAAAGGCAGGAGGCUGCCCAGUCCCGCCGGGAAGAGAAGAAAAGGGCAGAGAAGGAGCGAAUUAUGAACGAAGAAGAUCCAGAGAAACAGCGUCGGCUGGAGGAAGCUGCUUUGCGACGUGAGCAGAAAAAGCUUGAGAAGAAGCAGAUGAAGAUGAAGCAAAUCAAAGUGAAAGCCAUGUGAAACCAUUGUGGAAAAUUUCUGUGCCACAUGUAGACUUUUAAUUCACAGGGUAUAAAGAACUAGUCAAUUUCAUAACCUUACACUUCUUCGAACACUGUCGGCCAUUAAGAGAAAUGCUUUUUGCAUUCACACUACUUAACAAUUAAUUUGGGUAUUACAGCAACACACUGAUAUGUAUAGAGGAUGAUUUGUCUCUGCCACUUUCUUCCAUACGGUUGGAUUAUUUGCUACUUCUGAUGCUUUAAAAAAAAUCCUCAAACUUGCAAUAUCCCUUAAACUCCUUUUGUGAUCUUUUUUUUUUUUUUUUUUUUUUUUU